AUCUGCACUCCUUGUAGCACAAAGAGCGAAGCGAACGAGAGAGCGGGCGAUAGAGCGAACAGAAAAAGAAGAUAACUGGGAUCAUGGGCAAUCAGGAGAAGAAGAAAGGAGGAGAGAGGGAGAAGAAAGACGACCGCACGAUCACCGUCGUCCGCAUGUGUUGCGAGAGAUGCGCCGAUGAGGUGAAGAAAUCCGUCGAGGGAUUCGAAGGGGUGGAACGGGUGAAGGCUGACAUCGGUCCUGGGACGCUGAAGGUGGAGGGGAAGGUGGAUCCAUCGAGUCUCCGCGAUCGUGUGGCGAAGAAAACCCAUAGGAAGGUCGACCUCGUCUUCCCCACCAAUGCCCCCCAAAAGGAUGCUAAAAAGAAGGACGACUCCAAAAAGCCCACCGCCGGAAAGGAGUCCAACAAAUCCGACAAGAAAAAAUCCAAGGGGCCUGGGGUUUCGACGGUGGUGCUGAAGACUCGCCUUCACUGUGCUUGCCUCGUCAAAUUGAUUAAAAAGAAGAUUCGCAAGCUUGAGGGAGUGCAGCAGGUGGUGACGGACGUGCAGAAGGAUUGGAUAAUGGUGACGGGGACAAUGGACGUCAAGCGGCUGCCUGAGGUGCUAAAGCAGGAGCUGGAGCUGGCAGUGGAGGUGGCGGCUGUUGGAAGCUGAACUUGACUAUUCAAAUUCUGUUAUUAGGAUGAAUAAUUUCAAGCUAAAUAUCUCGUUAAAAAUUUUAAUAAUCAUAGAUAAAUAAUAUAUUAUUGGAAAGCUGUGUCCGUCUAGUUUUUAAGAUUUUAAGAAGCGCAUCAAUCUAAAUUUUUGAUAGAGAGUUAUGAUCAUUUUGGUAAAAAAUAUCUGGUCUGUCUAGAAGACAUGAAAAAUUGUAUUGUUCUAUUUUUUUUUAUAUUUAUAUUUGUAAUAUUAAGUUAUUUCUUUAGCAAAUGCAUGUAUGGAUAUUAAAAGUCAGUUUU